AUGAUUAAGAUUUUGUCCAUAUUUGAACUGUGCUGCUAUGCUUGUGCAUUAUUGUCUGGUCUGCUUUGCCGAGAGAAGCUCAGUUUGAGAGAACAACCAACAAAGACGAUUCACAACACAAACUCCAUUGAACAUCCAUUGAAGACAAACUCCACUCGUCCAUCAUUUGAAGAAGAAACCCUAAGGUUGAAUAGGUCACAAAGAGUAGGUUUCAGUGCAAUGUUCAUCAUUCCGGUGAUUUUUUUAGGGAGUUUAACAAUUUUAUCAAGAAUUGAUGGAGAGAUAACAAUUGACGAGGAGGAAGUGAAUACAAAUGAAAAAGGCAAGGCAAAAGGUAAUGGAAAAGGAAACAAUAAGGCAAGGGGUAAGGAAAAAGCAAGUCAAAAGGCAAGGCAAGGUGAUGAUAAUGAUGGUGAGGUCUUGAAGGAAAAUUUGAGAGUGAUUAACAAAAGAGUUUGUUGCCAGCUAUUAAGGAGUUACUUGGUAAUGUUGACCACAUAUUUUGUAUUAGCAACUUCAAGAAGAGUUCCCUGGCCUAAAACUGAAGAAAUUGAUAUGAAGGGCUGCAUGUGCAAAGCAAAUCAAGAUUCACGCCAAGUACAGGCCACCAUCAAUAGAGAGACAUCUGGAAGGCUCAAGAAAAAGAGGAAUAGAGAAGUUGGAGAAAUGGUUAUGGAUAAGACACACUUGAAACUGAAAAAACAUGGAAUCAACUGCAAUCGUUUCCACAAGAACGGCCACAACAAGGUUACAUGUAAAUUACCCCAACCACAAGCACCUCCAAGUCAGCUGCACACCAACUGCAUCAUCACCGUUAACAACCAGCAGCAACGCUCGAGCUCUUCCGUCACCGUUCAACAACAAACAACAGCUUCAGAUAUCAACCUUUGUUUUCGACAUUGUUCGGUUUCCAAAAAAUCAUUUCAAGUAUUCAUUCCCACAUAG